UUGGAGGGGGUUCCCUAAGACAAACAGUUUUUUUUCCUGAAGCAGAACCACCAAGUUGGAAAGCUCCAGACUCUACAACCCAGAGCGAAGCAAAGAACACAAACAUAAGGUGAAGGAGAGGACGCACCGCACACAGACAGAGAUGGAAGACCCAAUCCAGUUGAAAGAUGAUGGUAACAAGCACUUCCUAGCCGGAGAGUUUGACCAGGCCAUUGACUGCUACACGAAAGCCGUCAAGUCUUGCAAGGAUAAGAAGGUGUUGGCUAUCAUCUACAGAAACCGAUCGGCCUGCUACCUGAAAAAGGAAAACUACACAAAUGCGGCUACUGAUGCCUCCAAAGCCAUUGACGUUGAUGCAGCCGACAUCAAGGCCCUGUACCGGCGCUGCCAGGCACUGGAGAAGCUGGGCAAGCUGGACAUGGCCUUCAAGGACGUCCAGAGGUGUGCCACCAUCGAGCCCAAGAACAAGACCUUCCUGGAAACCCUGCGUAGGCUGGGAGCUGAGAUCCAAGCAAAGCUCAAGACAAGCUUCUCCACAGACUCAAGAGUACAGAACAUGUUUGACAUUCUCCUUGAUGAGGAAAUGGAGAAGGAUAAAUUGGAAAAGGCUGCCAACAACUUGAUAGUUCUGGCCAGGGAGGAUGCAGGCGCUGAGAGAAUCUUCCAGAACAAUGGAGUUCCGUUGCUAAUAAAUAUGAUGGAGACAGGAAAGCCAGAGAUGGUCCUGGCUUCCAUACGUACCCUGGCUGGCAUGUGUACGGGGCACAAAGCACGGGCCAUGGCCAUCAUUCACAUGGUGGGAAUUGACAAAAUGUGCAGCGUUAUGGCAGUUGACAAUGAGGACCUGGCAUUGGCAACGUGUGACUUGUUCCAGUGUAUCAAUGACUCCCUCACUGGUGGAGAUAAAAGGAUUUAUGGAAAGGAGGAGGCCCUGGUGCUUGAUGCUAGUAAGGACCUGAAGACAAUCUUGCUGGCCUUGCUGGAAAUGGUGGGUGGUAGGAAGGUGUCUGGACAUGGCAGAGACCAAGCCCUAAACCUCCUCUGCAAGAAUGUUCCUCGCAAGGACAAGAAAGAUACUGACCACUCGAGAACCCUUUUCACUAUUGACCACGGUCUGAAGAAGAUCCUCAAGGUGUGUGGCCAGAUCCCGGACCUUCCAGACCAGCUGCCGAUGACGGAAAACACCCAGCUGAUAGCCAGCGUGCUCCUCAACAAGCUGUACGACGACCUGCGCUGUGACCCCGAGAGAGACAACUACAGGGACAUCUGUGACGAGUACAUCAAGAGCAAGUUUGACCCCAAGGACAUGGACAAGAACAUCCACGCCAUCAACGCCCUCUCCGGCCUGCUGCAGGGCCCCUUCGAGGUGGGCAACAUCCUGGUGGGCCGGCAGGGCAUCAUGGAGAUGAUGGUGGCUCUCUGCGGCUCCGAGCGCGAGGUGGACCAGAUGGUGGCUGUGGAGGCCCUCAUCCACUCCUCCACCAAAAUGAGCAAAGCCUCCUUCAUCAUUACCAAUGGUGUGACGCUGCUCAAAGACAUCUACAAGAAGACCAAGAAUGAAAAGAUCAAGAUCCGUGCCCUGGUGGGCUUGUGUAAACUGGGCUCCGCCGGAGGGGAUGAUUACAGCAUGCGGCAGUUUGCAGAGGGAUCCACAGAGAAACUUGCCAAGCAAUGCAGAAAGUGGUUGUGUAACCCCACCAUAGAUGUGAGGACCAGGAAGUGGGCUAUAGAAGGCCUGGCCUAUCUAACCAGUGACGCUGACGUGAAAGACGACUUUGUGGAAGAUGAGGCUGCCAUGAAAGCAAUGUUUGAACUAGCCAAGUCUAAAGAUAAGACCAUCCUGUAUUCUGUAGCCUGCACUCUAGUGAACUGUACCAACAGCUAUGACAAGAAGGACAUCCUUCCAGAACUGGUUCAACUGGCCCAGUUCUCCAAGCAGCAUGUGCCCGAGCAGCACCCCAAGGACAAGAAGGACUUCAUCGAGAAGAGAGUGAAGAAGAUGCUGAAGGCCGGAGUCACAUCCGCUCUCACCGUCAUGGUGAAAGCAGACAACUGCAUCCUGACGGACCAGACGAAGGAAAUGCUGGCCAGGGUGUUCCUGUCUUUGGCAGCAGACCCUAGGGAUCGUGGGACCAUUGUGGCACAAGGAGGUGGCAAGGCCCUGAUCCCAUUGGCUCUGGAGGGUACAGAAUUAGGAAAGGUGAGGGCCAGCCACGCGCUGGCCAAGAUUGCAGCUGUGACCAACCCAGAGAUGGCAUUCCCUGGAGAGAGGGUCUAUGAGGUAAUCCGUCCUCUUGUAAACCUGUUAGGCACAGACAAAGAUGGGCUGGAAAACUACGAGGCUCUGAGGAGUCUCACCAACCUGGCUGGUUACAGCGACAAGCUGAGAGUGAAGAUUCUAAAGGAGAAGGCUCUACCUGAGAUUGAGAACUACAUGUUUGAAGAUCACUACCAGAUCAGAGUAGCUGCUACGGAAUGCAUGUGUAACCUGGUGACAUGCAAAGAGGUUCAGGAGCGGUACCUGCAGGAUGGGAACGACAAGCUGAAGCUCCUGGUGCUGCUGUGCAGUGAGGAUGAUGACAAACUGCAGAGAGCGGCCGCAGGGGCCCUGGCCAUGCUUACCGCCUCCCAGAAGAAGCUGUGCACUAAAAUGACCCUGGUGACCACUCAGUGGCUAGAGGUCCUACAAAGGUUGUGUCUCCACGACAACCCAGAGAUCCAGCAGAGGGGCCUGGUGACCGUGUUCAACAUGCUCAACUCGGACGACAACGAGCUGGCCAAGAAGCUGAUCGAGUGUGAGAUGCUGGAGAUCCUCACAGUGAUUGGCAAGGCGGAGGACAACCCCAAGAGACAGCCUGUGAUCGAUAUAGCACGCACCUGCCUGGUCAAAGCCAUGGAGCUGGGCCUCAUCAAACCCUUCUCCAGCCCCUCUUAGAGCGGUGCUUUUGUACCUCCUUUUUGAUAUCACGGACUGCAACUUAUUGACCUACCCCCCCCCCCCCACCCCCACCCCCACCCCUCCAUUGAGUGUGCUUUGUUUUAAAUCCAAAGUGUUUGUAAAUGUGUCAUAUCAUGUCCUUUUCAAAUGUCAACACCCACAUUAACUGGAAGGCACUUAUCUUCUAAACCACAGCAGAUUAAGUAGGCCUAUAUCUUUCUGUGGUGAAUACAAACAACCUCAAGUGUAUAAUCACUCCUAUUGUUAUUACGUUUGUUCAUAGUUUAGUUUUAUUAAGCUUGUACAGCUUAUAGAUGUAAGUUUGAUGACCUUAUAAUAACCCCCCCCCCCCCCCCACACACACACACACACACACACACACACCACCCCAGCCAUGGAGUGUGCUUUGUUCUGAAACCAAGUGUUUGUAUCAAUACCUUGUCCUUAUCAAAUGUCAACAGCCACAUGGACUGGAAGACAAUUCUAAACAACAGCAGAUUAAGUAGGUCUAUCUUUCUGUGGUGAAUACAAACAACCUCAACUGUAUAAUCACUUCAUUCAGUGUGGUUUUAAGUUUGUACAGCUUAUAGGUGUAAAUUUGAUGACCUUUUAGUGAUAAUAACUAUUUUGCUGAACAUAUGGCUUUGUAGAGCGUUAUGUUUCAACUGAAUAACAUUAAGUUGGUUCAUAGUGUGGUUUUUAUCUUGUACAGAUUAUAGAUAUAAAUCUGAUGCUCUAUAAGUGAUAAUUGUUUAUCUAAACAAAUGGCUUUAUAGUUUUCAAAAUAUAGCUUAAACGGAGAUUUGAAUAUGCGCUAAUAAAAAGUGUAAGGUGUUCAGAUUAGUGUUGACUUUUGGGCGUGGUGAGAAUGUUGGCGGUUAAAUGACUAAAUGUGUCAGUAGUCUGUAACUGCGCAUUAACAAUUGUCAGACGUGGAGAAGUGUCGGAAUCGUUCAUUUAAAGAGUUUGUUUUGAGGUGAAAAGUAGGAACAAUCGGAAAGUUGAAUACAGUUUCUAUCAAACUUCGAGCUACCCCCAUUUGGCUUUAACUUCGUUGACAUUACUUUUAUCUGAUAUCUUAACGAUGGCACGGCUUCCCGUGGAGGAGGACCAGAAGAGCAAAAGCCAGGGCAGGUAAGUCAUUUAGAAAAAGAAACCAUAUUAAUCACCGUUUACAAUGGAUUCUUAUUUUCUGUCUGUCUUUAGCUUUGCACAGGAUUCAUCUAAAAACAGUCAUGUGGCUUCUAAUAAUCCUGUAUAUUAUGACAAGUUUAUUUGUAGUUGGGAGAUGGGAGAGCGAGGAGAAAGUAAUUUGGGAAUGGAAUAUGAGGAUAGGAGUGCCAAGGAUGGAGAUGGAAGAGGCCUACCUAUAGGGGAUAAGGAGGAGAAUGAGAAUCCAGAAAGGAAAGAGGGGACAGCAGCGGAGGUCAAUCAGCUUAAAAGUGCAGGGAGAAGACAGAUGGAAGAUGGUGAUGCUGAUGUUGAAGGGUCUACAAAGGGGGAAGAGGACAGUGCUGAGAGUGUCGAGGAGGAAGGAAAGGAUGACGAGGAAAAGGAGGAAGGGGUUGUUCCGGAAAGAAAGGUCACAGAAUUGGAGAUGGCUGUUGAGGGACAACAUGAAGAGGUUUCCCAGGAGGAGGAGAAGGAGAAGAAGGCUUCGCCCAAGAGAAAGCGCAGACGGAGACGCAGACGACAGGCUGAGCCCCAGCAUGGAGCCGUGAUGAAGUCAGUAGUCUGCUGUUGGAACGUCAACAUGAAAGCACUGCUCAAAAUGAUCACAAAAGAGCCAUUUUUGUUGUUUGUGUUUGCCGCUGUUUGCAUAAUCUGCAUAACUGAGAGUAAACCACUUAUGGAUGAGACCAUGUUGAAUGGGCCAAAGUGUGCUGUCUACAAUAACUCCAGAUGCUCUGCUCUGACUGGCAUAUAUUGGAACAACGGCACAGACGACAUACAGCUCUGGAAGAAAAACAUGCCGAUGUGCAAAGACCUAGAGCCUUGUGUGCCUUGCCAGUACGGUGGUGGGGUCAUCAUUCUUCUUGAUCAGGUGUGCCACAAGAUCGACAUGGAGGGAUGUGGGGUUCGCAUUGACUAUCAAAGGACAGUGUGUCCACGAUUCGGGAAUGCGCAACUCAUUCAAGCUUGGAAUCCUGAUUCACUAAGCAGUCAUGCUUCAGCCACUCCACCACCUGAAAAGAACACCAACAGCCCAGCUCAGAUUUAUUGGGUGGUUUGGGUUGUAGGUGUCCUUGGUGUCCUUGGUGUCCUUGGUGGUGCAAUUUACUGGCUUGUGGAGAGAAAAUUGAGGUGCAAAAGAAGACAUUUGAACGGCGGAACAACUGAUAAAGGUGGAACAGAUGAAAAGGAUGAUGAACAUGAUGGGUUGACCAACCGCAGCCCUUUCCUGCAGAACAACCUAGGACAGUGAAUGUCUUAAGUCACCUCAUCUUUAGACUCAUCCAUGGAAAGAAAAUACUUUGAAGAGAGUUUCUUCAUCAAAUUCAAAUGCAGCGCGCUUCAUUACACUCAUUAACUAUCCACCUGUGUUAGCCUGCUUCAAACCCAUUAGCCCACGUCCGAUAAGGCGGCUGCUGCCACCCCCACCACCCCCACCAUCCCCCACCAUCCCCCUCUCCCUGUGUUGUCUGUAUAGCUACUGUCCAUCAGGGGGGAUUAUUUCUCUAUUUGCUCCCUGCCUCAUUCCUCAUAUCUAUGUAUGUUGCUCGCUAAUGCUAGAGUCAGGGGGUGCUUCCCCUAGAUACAUCCACUCCACCAAAGUCAAACCUAUUUCCAUGUCUAUGGUGGUUAUCAAUAAAUGCUCAAAUCUUAUAUGUGAGUGUCUUGACUGCACUCUGUUAGUGAGAGACAGACAGAACUCUGUUCUUCAUCAUAGGUCUGGUUCAUGACCAGUGACAAAGUCAUGAAUAAAAUAAAAUAAAAUGCACCUUGCAUAGGUGAACUAUGUGGGAGAAAUCAAGGAUUUCCUAAGUGCUUAUGAGAAUCAGCCUUGUGAUUUGUUAUUCUCUAUCUUAUUACUUAUUACUCGUGUUGGCAGUAUGCAAUCUUUGUUUUUCUUUAUUCACAAAAAAUGUUGUCCGCUACUACCACUGACUGAACUGUUCAUUAAUCUUGGAGUUGUGUGUUACCCUCUCAAAACAGUGGGUUGUUUAAUCUACUAAACUACAAAAACAGGACCUUUGGUAUGGAAAUGUUAUAGUGAAGAAAACUUGUAUAAUCCCAAACUGACAAAAAAUGACUAAAUGGGUGAUUUUUGUGAGUUGCGCUUUCAAGGAAUAUGUAAUUUAUUAGGUCCUUGGGUGUUUUAUUCUUAAUUAAAAACUUUAAAAAUUACAAACCCUGAAAAAUGGUCUGUCCUCAGCCAAAUAUUAACUCGUAUUAACUCGUCCAAAAUGUUAUUCUGAAAAUUGUUAUUUAGAAAAAAAACACUAAGCUCAAGUUAUUAUCAUUCACAUUAAUUGAUUAAAAACAUUAAAUGCAACAGAAAUGUUUUCUACGAAUAAAUCGUAUUUUACAACUGUCCCCAUGUUUUCGGUCAGCCCUGUCACAUUACAUAAAAAACGACAAGUGUGCAAUACCAGAGAAAGUCUAAUACAGUUGUCUAUAUAUUUGUUGUCAAUAUUGAAUGUCUAAUAUGUACACCUGCCUGGUUAAGGCCAUGGAGCUGGCCGGGUCUCAUCAAACCCUUCUCCAGCCACUCUUAGAGUAGCACUCUUAGACUGCAACUUCAUGUCAGCGGGUUGUGUAAUCCAGAGCCAUAGAAAAAGAAAAAAUCUUUUUCUAUGGCUCUGGUGUAAUCUAAUGAUGAUGUGACGUCAGUUUGUAGACAAGCCAAAGAUUUGAAGAUAUGUUUGUAGACAUGUUCUUCACGUAAAAUGUAAGGGCGGGCACCUGAAAACGAUGUUCUCUGAAUGGCAAUUCGUUUUCUAAAAAGCACAGAGAGAUAUGUUCUCUCUCUCUCCCUUAUAAGCCUUACAGCCUCCAGUUGCGUCGUUGUUCGCAGUCUUUAUUGGAAGAUGGUUCGCUUAAGGCUGCCGAAAACUUCCCCCAAACGGUUCUGUGCCCUGGCAGCAACUGUUCAGCAGAGCUUCACCUGCAUCACCUGUAAGGAAUGCAUUGGCCAGAUUACUGCAAUGUGGUGCAAAGACGAGAAGAUCUGGAGUCAGAAGAAGGGAAUGAGAAACUGCGACAAUGGCAUUGUCCAGACUGGUGUGCCAUGCCAUCAGGAUGGUCGAGUGUACCUUCCUAUCGAUGGUCAUUCAGGGUGCAGCAGUAUUGACAUGGAAGGAAAGCAUGGCUACAUUCAUAAUUUCGAGACAGAGUGCCCACAAUCUCAAACACUUUCACCAACCAACCCACCAUCCGCUGACCCAAAAGCAGGCAUCACCAACAGAGCCAUUAUUUUUGACAGUAAGUAGCGCAUCUACUUGCGCCCUAUGUCUUAGCUCUCUGGAUGCCCCAUUUAUUUGCCUCUGCCACUGUGCUUCAGGGCUUUACUAUGGCGCGUCUGUGUCGGCUGGAACUUAAACCUUUUCUUGAUGUCCAAGACCUCUUUGCGUCGUCAGAAUGGAAACAACAAUUGUUUGUUGUUUUAAAGUUCUGCUUCUGCUACUGCGCUCUAGUCUACUUGUGGCUCGCAUCAGAGGGGCUUCAUCUGCUUCAUGUCCAAGAAAGCUGGCUUGCCAACGUAUGAGCUGUUUGAAGAUUUUCAUCCAGUUAUCCAACCAUUGCUUAUCGCCCAGAUGUCAUUGGUGGAGUUGUUUUUCUUUGCCUGGUUGGAUGCAACUUACUACUGAAUUAAACGGGUAUGUCCUUUUGUUCUCAAACGUGAACGUGAAUGAUAUGUGUGUGUGUGGUCAAUUUAAGGAAACGUCAUCUCAUUUAUUGCAGACAGCAUUUUAAAGUGAAAGAUCUAAAAGUGUUAAAUUGAUUACCUUUAAAUUAUAUAUUAUUGAUCCAAUCUGAGUACAUGUAACAUUUUGACAAUUGCUAGACAUAAUUGUUGUAAUCAUUGUUAGUAUGAAGUGGUCUGAUGUUAUUGUUACAGAACUGCUAACUAUGGAAUUGUCUGAACAACAGAACAACUGAGUGUCACGGGGACCAUAUUCAGUACCGUAUUAAACCAACUAGCUGCAGGUGUGCAGCAGGGAAGCACCCAGCUGGUCGCAAUUAACCGGGGGAUUGGGAGGGUUUUUAAACUCAGAUCACCGUCAAUCAAGGGGCGUUGGGACUGGAAGGAGAACUGAAACUGGAGGCGGACAGAGGACUGGAAGCGGAGAGAGAGGAUUGGAAGCAGAGAGAGAGGACUGGGGGAGCAAGGGACUGCAACACAGCGCGCACGGAGACGGACUUUCGCCGAAGCUGAGUACCGUGAAUUCUACGCAGUCAAGCUUGUGGAACGUGCUGCCCGGACUGCUCGGCCUAUUGAUACACCUGAGUUUGAGGUUUUAUCCACAGUUGUGUUACACUUGCACACGUGAGUUUGAUGUGUGGUGUGCCCAUGUUCCACUGUUUUACAGAUUUUGCCGUUCAUGCACUAGUUGGAACACCCUGCAGUCCCGGGUGGGCGAUAGGAAUAUGUCCAGUGUGCGCAGAAUAAUCAAUCGGACUAUUCCAGCAGUCUCCGGAUAACCCCCCUUCCCCCUGCUGGAGGAGGCCAGUAUCAGCGGCCACCAGAGGAACCAGGCUACCUUAUCUUCUGCCAGAGCCUCUUGAGGCGAUCAACAACAAGGACUUCCUUUUCUUUUUUAUUUCUUUUUACCAAUAAAUCUAAUACAUUUUAUACCUCGA